AUGACCCUUCUUUCCUCCUCCCGAUCUAUCACUAGAACUAUGGCCUUGUCUUCUACCACCGUCCAGCCCAUCAUGGCCAAAAACAUGGCUACCGCAGCUACUCAGCCUCAUGCCGAGAGUCUUCCAAACGCUUCUGGCAUUCCCCCUGGACAUACUGCCACUGUUGGAAAGCUGCAGACCUUUGUUUUGCCUGAGAAGGUGUCUGGCAGCGUUGAAGACAAAAAUCUUGGAAAAACCAUCAUCGAUGCCUGGAAGAAAGAUGGCAUCCUACAGAUUGCCAUGAAGCCAGAGCAGCAGGGUUUGUACAAGAAUGCCAACCUAGCAAGCAAACGGUUCUUUAGUAAGCCUUACGCCCAAAAGUCUGCCUGUGUCGACAGUCAGACUUACUCAGGCUAUAUCGCCAGCGGUGAGGAGCUCACUGAUGGUAUCGCUGACUACAGCGAGAUCUUCACUGUCACGAAGGAUCUCGAACUUGAUGAGCCUAGAGUGGUCGCCAAAUGGCCAUGCCAUGGCCGCUGCCCUUGGCCUGAUUAUGAGAUGCAGAAUCCUAUGGAGCGCUACAUGAACAGUCUGAGAGAAAGUGGUGAGACGCUCCUGCAGCUCACAGAGUUGGGUCUCGACGUGCCUGCAGGGUCUCUCACCGAUUACACAAAAGAUGGCUGGCAUCAUAUGAGAAUCCUUCGUUUCCCUGCCAUAAACAAAACCAACGGAAAGGGCAAGGAAGGUCGUGGAAUUGGCUCUCACACUGACUACGGCCUCCUCGUUCUUGCAGCAGCUGACGAUGUUGGAGCCUUGCUUGUUCGCCCUCCACAAGAGGGAGACGACUUUGCGAACUGGGAGAAAAGUGCAGCAGGUUUCAAAGAAGACUCUGAAGGCUGGUUGUUUGUGCCUCCUGCAGAGAACGUGUUCACCGUUUUUCCAGGUGACAUGAUGCAGUAUCUCACCAACUCGUACCUACCUUCUACCCCUCACAAAGUUGGUCUUAACCAUCGGGAGAGGUUUGCCUUUGCUUAUUUCCAUGAGCCGAGCUUUCAAGCUGUUAUUAAUCCCCUCCCGGGUUAUGAUGCCGGCCAGGAACCCAAGGAAGGAGUGCACUAUGGUAAACACUUUACUGACAUGUUUAUGAGAAACUACCCCCAGCGAAUCACCACCCAGAGGCUGAUUGAUGAGGGUCGUUACGAUCUGUUGAAGCAGGAGAGUCUUUAUACUAUGUCACCUUGA